GUAUGUUCAAUGUUCGUCCAAAAUCCCCCCUGUAUAAGGCGGACAGGCCCGACUUGACUCCAGGAGGGUGCAGUACCGCGCCAUCCGCGAGCUGCUGCCCGGCGAGGAGCUCCUGGACAACUACCUCGACUCCUGCUGCACCCACGCCCAGCGCGCGAGGACGAUGCGCGACCAGCACGGGCUGACGGAGCCUCGGGACGCGCUGGACUGCGCGGAGGGGCUCCUGGGCGAGGCCUCGGCGGCCGCCGAGCGGGCACAGGGGCUGCUCCACGAGUGGAGGGCUGGCCGGGCCAGCGACACCGCGGCCCUCUUCUCGCUGCUCCCGGUGCGAGAGAAGCUCCUGCUCCCGCGCGGCGGAGGCGGCGACGGCCAAGAGGCGAGCCCUCCACGAGACCCGGCGCUCGCGCUCUUCUUCGACGCGCUGGCCGAGGCGGCGUCCGCGGCGGGCGUGCCCGAGCUGGCCGUGUCGAGCUGGGAGCGCGCCCUCGAGCUCGUCACCGCGCGGGAGCCGUUCUCCUACCGCGGGGCCAUGAUCGCGGCACGCCUCGCGAUCGAAGCACGGCGCGCGGCCGCGGAGGCGGCCGCCCCGCUCGGCGACGAGCCCGAGGCGGGUGCUGCGACGCCCGUGCCGGAGCUGGCAGCGGCCGCGGACCACUGGCUGCAGGCCUCCCGGGAGCACUGGCGCGUGGUGUUCGGAACUGGCGCCGGGAGCCGCGAGGACCUCUUCGAGGCCAGGAACCCGGGCCUCUGCCAGGGCUCCGCCAGCCUGC